UGUUCAACAUUUGAGGGAAAGACACGAAGACACGACAUCACACAUGCAAUACUCAAACUGAAGAACAAAACAAUCUCUGCAUUUUAGAUUCUUCACAUUCACAUUUUCAUCACCUCUUCAGUUCAGAUCAGAUCCACAAAAUCUUCGCACCCCAUUACACUAUAGGAAUUGAAUUUUGAAGAUUUUGACAAUGGCGGCGAAUUCGUCUAAUGGAGAUCAACAUAAUGGAGAUCAACAGACAACAACAAAGCAGCCUCCCCUGCCAUCUCCAUUGCGAUUUUCCAAAUUCUUUCAGUCCAAUAUGAGAAUUUUGGUGACCGGAGGAGCUGGUUUUAUUGGUUCUCACCUUGUUGACAGAUUGAUGGAAAAUGAGAAAAACGAGGUAAUUGUAGCUGAUAAUUACUUCACUGGAUGUAAAGACAACCUUAAAAAAUGGAUUGGUCAUCCGAGAUUUGAGCUAAUUCGCCACGAUGUGACAGAGACACUGUUGGUUGAGGUUGAUCGGAUCUACCAUCUUGCCUGCCCUGCUUCUCCAAUCUUCUACAAAUACAAUCCUGUAAAGACAAUAAAGACUAAUGUAAUUGGAACACUGAACAUGCUUGGGCUUGCAAAGCGAGUUGGAGCAAGGAUUUUGCUUACAUCUACUUCAGAAGUAUAUGGAGACCCUCUUAUCCAUCCACAACCAGAAACUUAUUGGGGAAAUGUCAAUCCUAUUGGAGUUCGGAGUUGCUAUGAUGAGGGCAAGCGUGUGGCAGAAACUUUGAUGUUUGAUUAUCAUAGGCAGCAUGGACUAGAAAUACGCAUUGCCAGAAUCUUCAACACAUAUGGACCACGCAUGAAUAUCGAUGAUGGGCGUGUCGUCAGCAACUUUAUUGCUCAGGCAAUUCGUGGUGAACCCUUAACAGUCCAACUUCCAGGAACACAAACUCGCAGUUUCUGCUAUGUCUCUGACAUGGUUGAUGGCCUUAUUCGUCUCAUGGAAGGAGAAAACACUGGUCCAAUCAACAUUGGGAACCCAGGCGAGUUUACUAUGACUGAACUUGCUGAGAAUGUGAAGGAGCUUAUUAAUCCAGCUGUGGAGAUAAAGAUGGUAGAGAACACCCCUGAUGAUCCUCGGCAAAGAAAACCUGAUAUAACAAAAGCAACAGAAUUGCUUGGAUGGGAACCAAAGGUCAAGUUGCGGGAUGGCCUUCCUCUUAUGGAAGAGGAUUUCCGUCUAAGGCUUGGGGUUCCUAGAAAAAACUAAACAAAGUUGGUUUUGCACUUUCACCUCAUAUCAUGAUGGAUAUUUUGAUAAUACUUGAGACGUGGUUGUCACUAUUAGAUAUUUCACAUUGAGCAAUUGUGGUAAGGAAGGUUGGAGGUUGCUUGAAGUUUGUUGCAUCGUUUUUCCUUCUUUUUUUUAUUUACUAUUGGUCAUAUAAUGGCGGAGAGCAAUGGAUAAAAAAUGUGUAGGACCAGGAAGGGUCACUUGGCCAUGUUCUGUAAUUGAUACAGUAUGAGUGUUUUCUCUUAUUUUUCUAUCCAAUUUCUCCUAUUGGAAAUGUUACAUUGAGUUGAAAUUUCUUAUUAUAGCAGUAAUUCGAAAUCUCUUUUGUGCUUGUUUGGAAA